UACUACGCGAAGCUGCUGGGGGAGCUGAACGAGCAGCGCAAGCGGGACUUCUUCUGCGACUGCAGCAUCAUCGUGGAGGGGCGCAUCUUCAAAGCGCACAAAAACAUCCUCUUCGCCAACAGCGGCUAACUCCAAAAAAAAUUCCGAGCGCUGCUGAUCCACUACAUCCAGGACAGCGGGCGGCACAGCACCGCCUCGCUGGACAUCGUCACCUCCGAGGCCUUCUCCGUCAUCCUGGAUUUCCUUUACUCCGGGAAGCUGGAUCUCUGUGGGGAAAACGUUAUUGAGGUGAUGUCUGCGGCUAGCUAUCUGCAGAUGACCGAUGUGGUCAACUUCUGCAAAACGUAUAUAAGGUCGUCGUUAGAUAUUUGCAGGAAAAUAGAGAGAGAAGCUGCUUUCUAUCAGGCGGAUAGCGGGAGCGCUAGCUCUGCGAGAGAGGGCACCUCGUACAGCUCAAAGAGCCAGUGCUCUGCCUCUGUCUCUUCCCUGCAGGAAAAGGGAAGGAUUUUGGAUUGCCAGAGAGAUCCUCCCUGCGGCGAGUGCAGCAGCUGCCAUCCCCUGGAGCUUGUGGUCAGAGACCCCUUGGGCAGCGGUUCUCCGGAUGACGUUAAUUCUUCGCUGCCCAAGGUGGUGGAACCCAAAGUCGAGUUUGACGCCGAUGAAGUAGAGGUGGAAGUGGGCGAACGGCUGGCGCCGGAUCCGACCCUCGAGCAGAUGGAAGAGGGGCUGCACGGUGGGCAGGCGAUGGACCUGGCCUGCAAUAACUAUCACAUGAAACAAUUCCUAGAGGCCCUGUUGCGCAACAGCUCAGCUCAGAGAAAGGAUGACGUGGUUCAUCACUUUGUCCGGGGCUUUGAGGGUAGGACAGAGGAUGCAGGGGUAGCCAUGAGUUCCAUGAUGGACAUUCACAGCGACUGGUAUGGUGAGGACACAGGUGAUGUGUUAGUUGUGCCAAUCAAGCUUCACAAAUGCCCGUUCUGCCCCUACACGGCUAAGCAGAAAGGAAUACUGAAGCGGCACAUUCGCUCUCACACAGGUGAGAGACCCUACCCCUGUGAGACGUGUGGGAAACGUUUCACUCGGCAGGAACACCUUCGGAGUCAUGCCUUAAGUGUGCAUCGAUCAAACAAGCCAAUUAUCUGUAAAGGUUGCAGGAGGACGUUCACCAGUAGCCUGUCUCAAGGAUUACGCCGCUUUGGCUUGUGCGACAGCUGCACUUGCGUGACCACUACCCACGAGGACUCGAUGCCCAUUAACCUCAGCUUAAUGGAACCUUCAUCAGAAGGCCAGGAGAAAGGUGAUGCCGAUAACGAUUGGCCCAUCUAUGUGGAGUCUGGGGAGGAAAACGAUCCCGCUGAUGAUGAUGAUGCUGAUGGUGAUGACAAGCAGGAAAUCCACAGGAGCUUAUCAGACCGAGAAACACUUAUGUAG